AUGGCCCAUCAACACUGCUUCUGGUUGCUUAUCACACUUAUUAUGAAAGGUAUUCACGCUGGUAUCUGGUCAGUCCGUGUCCCCCCCAGUCCAAUUUGUGCAGUGACUGGAUCUUCAGUAGUCCUGCCUUGUUCCUAUGACUACCCCCAGAGCUCAAAUGCAGGAGGAGGUGAAAAUAAGGAGUACAAUGUGACGUCUGAGAUGUGGUGUCUGGCAGACAGCCAGUGCAUUACACAGAGAUAUGUCUUCCACAGCGCUGGUAUCUUCCCAGAUCCAUCCUAUCAAAACAGAGUGCAGUAUUUAGGACAGCCGGGAACCAAGAACUGUUCUCUGAGGAUUUCAGAUCUAAAACAGUCUGACAGUGGAACCUACGUCUUCUACCUCAUCACCAGCCAUCCAACUGAGAAGAUGCCAGCUCAGAGAGGCAUACAGCUCCUAGUGGCUGACUCUUCCAGUGAAGUGGCAGUCCUGGCGGGGCCGUCCAGAGCGGUGGUGCGGGGGGCCGCUCUACAUCUGUCCUGCUGCAGCCCAGCAGCCGGUGCACAGGCCCGGUUCCGAUGGUACAGGGGCACAGACACCAGCCCGUCACAUGACGGUCAGGUGUGGAGUAUCAGCGAAAUUAGAUCGGACGAAUCCGGCAGCUACUUUUGUCAGAUAAUGACUGCGGAUAAACAGCAGAAUUCCACAAAGCUCCUCAUUGAUGUCCAAUACCCUCCGCAAAACACCAGUGUCUCAGUCUUUCCUUCUGGCGAGCAGCAGGAUGGACUCCCUGUGACUCUGAGCUGCAGCAGCAAUGCUAACCCACCCGUGCACACCUACACCUGGUACCAGGGUGUAGCGUGUCUCCCAACUACAGACAAAAGCUUCCACGAAGGAAGCCAAGCCUUGGCAAAACCAGCAGGAAGUGGCCCAACUUUUAGCAGUGCCAACAUCACCACUGAGGCCAGUGGGCAGCACUGCUGUGUAGCACGCAACAAACACGGAUCCCAGACUUACAGCGUAACUCUUCAAGAUUCUCAAGCAGCUAGCCAAUCAGAACACUCAGGAGGACGGUUGGUAUUAAUCUGUGUAACCGUUGGAGUCCUGUUGGCAAUUGUUACCACUGUUGCCUGUCUGAUAACAAGGAGAAAGAAGAUCACCAAGCAUCGUUCAUAUGUCCUCACAGCAACAGCUGCCACAGAAGCUUAA